UUAAGUCGAAUUCAAACUGUCACAAGUGUCAUUGCAUUAAUAGCCCCGUUUUGUGUUAAUUUCAACCGGUGGGGCCCCCUCAAGCGUCACAAUGCCGUGCGAAAUGAUAACCUUGCAACUGGGCCAAUGUGGCAACCAAAUCGGUUUUGAAUUCUGGAAACGUCUUUGUGCCGAGCACGGCAUCAGCCCCGAAGGCAUCCUCGAGGACUUCGCCACCGAGGGCAUCGACCGCAAAGACGUGUUUUUCUACCAAGCCGAUGACGAGCAUUACAUCCCUCGAGCGGUCCUCCUCGACUUGGAGCCAAGAGUCAUUAACACGAUCCUCAAUUCGCCCUAUUCCAAACUCUACAAUCAGGAAAACGUGUUCUUGUCGAAAAACGGGGGCGGCGCGGGGAACAACUGGGCCUCGGGCUACUCCCAAGGGGAGAAACUAAACGAGGAGAUUUUCGAUAUAAUCGAUCGGGAGGCCGACGGGAGUGACAGUUUGGAGGGCUUCGUUUUGUGUCAUUCCAUCGCUGGGGGGACCGGCUCCGGGAUGGGGUCCAACAUUCUCGAGAAGCUCUCUGAUAGGUUCCCCAAAAAGCUGGUCCAAACCUACAGUGUGUUCCCAAAUUUGGACGAAAUCAGUGACGUGGUGGUCCAACCCUACAACUCGCUUUUGACCCUCAAACGCCUCACGGAAUCGGCCGAUUCAGUCGUCGUGCUCGACAACACAGCCCUCAACCGGAUCGCCGCCGACCGUCUCCGCAUCCAAAACCCCACUUUCACCCAAAUCAACAGUCUAGUCAGCACCAUAAUGUCCGUCUCGACCACAACUCUGCGCUACCCUUCGUACAUGAAUAACGAUUUAAUGGGGCUGCUAGCCCCCUUAAUCCCCACUCCGCGUCUCCAUUAUCUCAUGACGGGGUACACCCCCCUAUCAACCGACACAGACGAGGUUAAUGUACGCAAAACCACAGUUUUGGAUGUUAUGAGACGUCUCCUCCAACCCAAAAAUAUGAUGGUUUCGACGUCGCAAGACCGUAAUUCCCAACACUGUUUUAUCUCAAUUUUGAAUAUUAUUCAAGGGGAGGUGGACCCCACACAAGUUCAUAAGUCUUUGCAGAGGAUCAGGGAGCGGAAAUUGGCACAGUUUAUACCAUGGGGGCCCGCAAGUAUCCAAGUGGCGUUGUCACGGAAGUCGCCGUAUAUUCAGACUGCGCAUAGGGUUUCGGGGCUCAUGUUGGCCAAUCACACGAAUAUUAGUUCGUUGUUUGAUCGAGCUUUGGCCCAGUAUGACAAGUUGAGGAAAAGGGAGGCGUUUUUGGAUCAAUUCCGGAAGGAAGAAAUGUUUAAGGAUAAUCUGAACGAGCUGGAUUCGAGUCGGGAGGUUGUCCAGGACCUAGUUGAUGAGUAUACAGCCGCCACCAAGGAGGAUUAUUGCACGUGGGGGCAAAAUUAAGCCAUUUUGAAGCUCUCUUCUUUGUAUAUUAAUGUUGUAAUUAGGUUUAAGUUAGCAUUAAAUCUGGUUAAAUCGCA